UUCAUCCCUACAAAACGAAAGCUUAAUUUCCCACACCUUCCUAUCAUUAUUAUCCAAUUCAAUACUAACAAAAUCAUCUAAUUUUCUAAUCCUUUCUUCCUUUUAAUCAUAUUUCUCUCUACCCCACUUCCAAACAUGGCCUUUUUGGGCGGCAAGAACCAAAGGGAAGAUGGCUCGCUCAUGUCAUCCCUUCAUCAUUUCCCAUUCACCUUUCUUCUUAAACCCUUUACAAUGGCGAAAUAUUUCUCAAUAUAUAACCACUGUGAUUCCAAGCUCACUGGUUUUCAAGCCAUUCCACUUCAAAUUUUCUUCCCCACUUUUAAUCCACAUUUUCGCUGCUCAAAUUCAUUACACCCCUUAUCUUCACAAAUCCCACUUUAGGGGAGAUUGAGAAAAAGGGUUUUCUGAAAAGAGUUUGUGUUUGAUUUUUCAUUUGGGUUUUUGUUUUUGAUGUGCAACUAGUUAUUGGAGAAUGAGAAACUUUUAUGAGAUGGAGCUCAUUGCUAUGAGCGUUUGUAAUGCUUUUCUUCUGCCAUUAGUUCAAGGCUCAGCUCCUGGAGAGUUGCAGAAAGCUAGGAGUCAGAGGAGUAUUGAAGACAGCCAUGAAAAGUUAAGCCAUCAAAAGAGACUUGAUAUUCAACUCCAUGGACUGCUCCUCUGGAUUUCAAUGGGGUUCCUAAUGCCUGUUGGGAUACUCACAAUUAGAAUGUCUGGUAGGAUGGCUCGUGGGUCGACUCUGUUAAAGGUCUUCUUCUACCUCCAUGUUGUUUUGCAGACACUAUCCCUCCUCUUGGCCACAGCUGGAGCUGUAAUGUCCAUCAGAAAUUUUGAGAACUUAUUUAAUAAUAACCAUCAAAGAAUAGGUUUAGCUCUUUACUUAGCCAUAUGGGCACAGGCAGUGAUAGGCAUUUUCAGGCCUCAAAGGGGAAAGAAAGAAAGAAAUGCAUGGUUUCUUAUGCAUUGGAUUCUUGGAACAAUAAUUUCUAUAGUGGGAAUCAUCAAUAUCUAUACUGGCUUAAAUGCCUACCAUAAGAAAACUUCAAGAAGCAUUGGAUUAUGGACUGUACUCUUCACUGCAGAGAUCUCCUUCAUCGGUUUCUUUUAUUUGUUUCAAGAUAAAUGGGAGUUUUUGCAGAAGCAAGGGGUUGUUUUAGGGGAAUCUGAAGCAGUUUCUCAUUCUGAUGAACAAGUAGAGACUCGAAGGCAAAACUCCAAGGAAUUGUUACCUAAUCCUUGUACCAAACAAAAUGCACUCAGAAACUUGUUUGAUUAAAAUGGGUUUUUUUCCUCCCCAUUUUUCUUACAAGCUUAGCUACUACGUUUACUAUCUGACUGAAAUUUCUACUCUAUUUUUGAUGCAUGCACUUUGUGCAAGUGAACUGUGAUCCUCUGGGGAGGGUUAUGCUGAGUGCAUGCAUCAAAAAGAGUAUCUUCCAUUUGCUCAAAUUUACAUCAAUUUCUUAAUCCAAAGUUAAAUUCCUAGUGGUUGAAGUUUUUGCCCCAAGAGAUUUUAUUUUGAUUGAUGGUUGAGUGUUAAAGAGUAUAUAUGUAAAACCUUACUAGUUUAAAGCGUGUGGAUUUGGUAGUUGUUUAACAUUGUGUUAGGUGAGAAGAUCUUGUUAUAAAUUGUAAUCUUUCUUUAAUUCUAUGCGAUGAUGUGCUUUUGAGUA